GCAGAAUUUUAACGGAAUCGGCAGGAUUAUGAGCGGGAAAAUAAGUAAAGAGGAAUAUGAGAUGGAACGAAGGAGUCAGGGAGAAGGUUCAGAGAAUCCUAUGUUAGAUAAAUCGUUUGACAGCCGAUAUAUAGGAGGCCGACACAAAGUUCCAAUAAAGACGAGCAUCCAGGGAAAGGUGUAUAAUUUUCUCGAACGACCGACAGGAUGGAAAUGUUUUAUUUAUCACUUUACGGUGUUCAUGAUGGUGCUAGUCUGCCUCAUCUUCUCCGUUCUUUCGACAAUCGACCAAUACACGAAUUUUGCGAAUGAGACGUUAUUCUGGAUGGAAAUCGUGCUGAUCGUCUUCUUUGGUCUAGAAUAUUUCAUAAGACUAUGGUCGGCGGGUUGUCGGAGCAAGUACCUCGGUUUCCGGGGCCGUUUCCGUUUUGCUAGGAAACCCAUUUCAAUAAUCGACUUGAUAGUCGUUAUCGCUUCCAUAGUCGUCUUAUCCGUUGGUUCAAACGGUCAAGUAUUCGCCACAUCGGCCAUUAGAGGAGUUCGAUUCCUCCAGAUUCUUCGUAUGCUACAUGUAGAUAGGCAAGGAGGAACUUGGCGACUACUGGGUUCCGUCGUUUACAUCCACCGUCAAGAAUUAAUUACUACGCUCUAUAUAGGCUUCUUGGGAUUAAUAUUUUCUUCCUACUUCGUCUAUUUAGCAGAGAAGGAUGCUAAAAAUGAAGAUGGUAGAGCUGACUUUACUAGCUAUGCUGAUGCCCUUUGGUGGGGAGUUAUAACAGUGACGACAAUCGGUUACGGUGAUACAGUACCACAGACUUGGAUGGGGAAAAUUGUUGCCUCCUGCUUCUCUGUUUUCGCUAUCUCUUUUUUUGCUUUACCAGCCGGCAUACUUGGAUCUGGUUUUGCCCUUAAAGUUCAGCAGAAGCAACGCCAAAAGCAUUUCAACCGUCAGAUUCCGGCCGCGGCAACUUUAAUUCAGUGCCUUUGGCGUUGCUAUGCGGCCGAACCUCGUUCCAAUUUUUUCGCCACUUGGCACAUUCAUUUGUCGGAUAGAUCACAUCAUUUUAAUGCAUUCUCAAAAGUCGCAAGGCGAGCUUCAACAAUGAGAAAAAGACGUUUUUCAAGAAGCGUUCCCAAUCACAUUGAAAAUAGGAAGGAGAGUGAUGCAUCAUCCUCUCUCUACAUAGAAGCACCUUCAUCAACUCCAGAAGCGUCGAAGCCAGUAACGGACGCCUCGGAUGAAAUGGACUUCGAUAUUGACGAACAUAGCAGCAAACCUUCACUUUUAACGGAAGCUCAUAAAUCUGCAAUUCGAGUAAUUCGAAGAAUUCGUUACUUUGUUGCGAGGCGGAAAUUUCAACAAGCUAGAAAACCUUACGACGUCAGAGACGUUAUAGAACAGUAUUCACAGGGGCAUUUGAACAUGAUGGUUCGUAUCAAGGAACUGCAAAGGCGGCUAGAUCAAACUCUUGGUAAACCUGGCACAUGGUUUGUUAGUACUGAAAAAGAUAAGCAAAAGAUGACUGUAGCAGCUAGAUUAACAAGAGUAGAAAACCAGGUUAAUAAAAUGGAUCAGAAAUUGGACCAGAUACUCGUCCUUCUCAAUAUAAUAUCGAGGGGUCAAAGAAGAGUUUUAGAAGGUGAAAAUUUGUUAAAGGAUUGAACCUUUUAAAAAAAUGAUAUAUAAAGACACAAACAAAAAAUUGCUUUUUAUAAAAAAAAACUACAAAAGAGAAUUUCUUAAGGAGUAAUCAGCGUGCAGAUAUCUUAAAAAAUUCAAAAAAAUACUUAAGAGGAAGCCGUUAAAUGUAAGAAACAGCUACGAAGAAAAAGAAAGUACAUAGAAGAAAGAGGAGAGGAAAUACGAGGAGAGAGAAAGAGAGAUAGAUUGAAGGAAUGAAGGAUGAAUGAAUGGAAAAAAGUUAGCGAGUUGGAGAGAGAUUUAGGGAAUUGAGAUGCAAGAAUUAAGAGGCAAAAGAUAAAAAGAUAGCAAGAAAGAAGAAGUAAGAAAGAGAGAAAGAGUGAGUGUAAAUGUGAGAAAGAGAGAGAGAGAGAGAGAGAGAG